AUGACAGUCAUGACUUUGAUACCUCAAUUAUUCGGUGGGUUGGGAUUAAAUCGCAAUGCGACUUCCCUGGACGUCGGCGGGCUUCAGCAAACCUACGUGAUUCCUGAAGCCUCCAGAAAGCUUCCGCCAUUGAGUUUCAUUCUCGGAUUUUCUAAAAAUACAAUCUACGAAGACUUGGAAAGGGGUGUCCGCUCAGUUUACCGCAUAGAAGCGGAUAAAGUAGUUUGGGGUAAGAAGUUUUCCAAGGAGAAUCUGGAUCUAUUGACUGGUCUCAUGCUCAGGGCCCUGACUCAAAUUCUCGAAACUGUCUCGAAUCAUGAAUUUCUUGAGACAAAUAAUGUUAAAAAGAUGCUUCAAUUUAGAGAUGGAUAUUCGAAAGAAAACUCAGUGCAACCGAAAUAUUGGAUACUGGAUGUGAUGUUAUUGGAGAGCUACAUACAUGCUUAUGAACAAAUGCACAUACGUGAGUGGGAUAGCCAAGCUCCCUUGGAAUUAGAUAAGUCUUUCCGCGAAUACAUCGGAAAAGUGGCUAAAUCGAUUUACAAGAACCUACAUAAGCUCAAAAUCUGUUAUGAGACCACGUACCAAGGUGUAUGGUUAGUCUUUCAAAUCAGAUAUGAAUACGGGUUUCCUGGAGUCAGGCGGUGGAAAAAUUGCCUUCUCUUGGGAUUGGUAGGCUCUGUUGUCGGCGGUCUUGGCUCCUGGAACAUCGAGAAGAGUUAUGAAUUCAUUCAGAGUCAUUUUUAUAUCUGCAUGAUAGCAUUCUUUAUUUUCCUUGCUUUGCUUGGCCUCUUUCUCUUAAUGGCGUGCUCGACUGGUCGAAUCCUCUAUUUUGUGCGGACAAUGAAUAAACCGCUAAUGGAUUGUCAACGGGAGACAAACUUGAAAAUAAUUGAUGCGGCUAAGGAGAACUGGCCCCUGAAUAUUUUUGGAGCCUAUCCUACAUGGCGUUUCUGGAAAUUCUACCAAGGGUGUCGCCUACCAUCCUUUAAGAUUGACCCAGAUGCACAAAGGGAGCCUUCCAAGAGUGUGAACCUUCGGGCUGACUCACUUUGUGCGGAGGAUAGCUGGCCAUCGGUUAAAACAAGCAAACCCCGUUGCCGUUGA